AUGGCUGGUGUUGAACAUGUGGAAGAUGUCGUUGAGUAUUUUCUGUUUAUAAAGUAUGAUCAGUUGGACAGUGAGGUUAAAAGUCAAAAGGAGGCAGCAGAGGAGAGUUUAGACAAGUAUCUAGCGUAUUUAAGUUCUCAUUUAGUCGACUACAUCUGGCAAAGAGACCCAUUUAAUAUUCGGAUUGUUCCUGGUGUGGGGGGCAACCCAACCCAUUUACAUGGAAUCACCAAUUAUGGAGAUAACAUUGAAGAUGAAUGGUUUAUUGUUUAUUUACUUUUCCAGCUGACUGAAGUGUUCCCAGAACUGACUGUCAAGAUUUCUGACAGUGAUGGUGAAUUCCUUCUGAUAGAGGCUGCAGAUUAUUUACCAAAGUGGUUGGAUCCAGACACGAGCAUAAACAGGGUUUUCAUUCAGAAUGGGCAGCUUCACAUUAUCCCACUUCCUGUGUCACCGGCAGAUAUUGGCGUACUACCGACAGAAUCACCAACAUUGCAGAUAUCGCUACAGACGGUAUAUCACCAUCCACAUAGAACUGUAGCAUCUACACAGAUACAACAAGCUGUCAGAAGAAAACUGCAAAACGUUGUCCAAUCAGGACUCAUCACUGCGUAUAAAGCUUGUCGGAGAAUGAAGUACUUUCCUCCAGAUGAGCGGAUCAUGACUACAGUGAAGAUGACUAGGUGUUUAUAUGGUCAGUUAUUACAACAACGUUUCCAACCGGAUAAAUCGAGUGGGUGGAACCUUCCAUCUGAGUCAAAUCCCAUUCACAGAUCACAUGAUAUGGGCAUGAAACUGGCUCAUGGAUUUGAGAUACUUUGUGCAAGAUGUACAGGCAAGUCAGCAUCCAGCAGCAAUGAACAAGAAGUGAAUGAAGUGAGAUGGCAACGAUAUUUACAGUCUUUAAAAGAUAAAGAUUAUUUCAGGGGGGAGUUGAAAGGAUCCAGGCUGUACAAUGAGCUGAUCAAAUCUGCUAAAGAGUACUACACAGAAAUCAUGGUUCAUUCUGACAAUAUAGAGAGGACAGAGCCCGGACAUCAAGUGUUGGAAAUACUGCAUUCAAAUAAAGUGAGUUUUCAUGAUUUGAAAGUAGCUGAGAAGAAUUUACAACCAGAAGAUGAUGACAGCUGGCUAUUCCUCACACCUGAUCAGCUGGAACAAAUGUUGCAUGAAGCUGUCGGCAAAUCAACGGCAACCUCACUGCCUGAUGAGAAAGACCUGUUGUCAGCAAUGAGUUAUGACCUUGGCUCAGUCGCUGACAACAUGAAGGCAUUUGUCAACAAAGUAUCAAGCCAUGAAGGAGCAGAGUUUCCAAAGAUGUCAGAAAAUGCUCAAAUAAACUUUGAUUCAAGUGGGUUCCUUGAGGCUUUGGAAAACAUGUUAGGAGGUGGAUUCAGAGAACCAAAGAGUGAUGACAGUGGUGAUGAUUCAAGUGGUUUCCUAGACGAUGAUGAGGAAGAGGAGUAUGAUCUUGAUGAUGAUGAUGAAUUAGAAGGAGAAGCAGCAGAGAUGAAAGAAAUGAUGGAGCAAAUGGAUCGAGAAUUAUCACAAACUAUGAUGGGGAAAAGUUUUGAAAAGCAGACAGAAAAGAAACCAACAUCAUCGAAAACAACAUCACAAGAUGAGCAAGAAGAUGCAAAAUAUGGUGGUUCAGAGGAACCAGAAGACAUUCCAGCAGUUGAUGUAGACGUUAAUUUACUGAAGAAUUUAUUAGAAUCCUAUAGUUCACAGCAAGGAUUAGCUGGACCUACAUCCAAUCUAUUGCAUUCUAUGGGAAUGAAAUUGCCACAUGAUAUGGAUGAUUUGGAUUAGCAUAACUUAAAUGAAUCUCUGAUAAUUAAUUCUUUCAAUA